GGCUGUGGCCGCCUGCUUGUGCCCUGUCACGGGCCUCAGUGACACAGCAGCAUGGCCACAGCCAACGACAGGGCUGUCCUGCAGACCAUCUUUAACCCCAGCACCCCUUUUGGGGACAUCCCAGGGCUGGAUGAGGAGGAGGAGGAUGUCCAGGACGAACUGGAAGCUUUUCCCUUGGAGCUGCUGGAUCAAGUCCGGGAGCUGGAGCUGCAGGGGGUUUCUGCGGCGGAGUCCGGAGACCUAAGCACGGCCCUGGAGCGGUUCAGCGAGGCCAUCCGCCUGCUGCCCGAGCGCGCCUCGGGCUACAACAACCGGGCGCAAGCGCUCCGCCUGCGCGGAGACGUGGCAGGUGCCCUGCAGGACCUGGACGCUGCCAUACGGCUGAGCCGCGGCCGCGGGCGGGCCGCCUGCCAGAGCUUCGUGCAGCGCGGCCUCAUCCACCGGCUGCAGGCGCGGGACGAGGAGGCGCGGCGGGACCUGGAGCGCGCGGCGCGCCUGGGCAGCGCCUUCGCCCGGCAGCAGCUCCGGCUCCUCAACCCCUACUCCGCGCUCUGCAACCAGAUGCUCGGCCAGAUGCUGGCCCGGCUGCGCAACCCCGACGGAAGCGGAAGCGACUGAGACGGGCAGGAAUGGGCCGGGCAGCGAGUGGGCUGGGUGCCGCCGUGCUCCAGACCUGUCCUGGUGGCCAGAAAAGGUCCACCUCAGGUGCCAGAGAUCCUGCUCCUCCUCCUGGCUAGCAGCCAGGGACUGGAAAGUACCAAAGCAGCUUGCUGUAUCUGUCUCGCUAUGCUCCACCCCGAAUAAAGCUCCCUCUGUUCCCAGC